UAAUACAUUACUUUCCCUCUCCCACACUACCACAUCACUAACAACCCCUCCCCCCCACCCCCCCCCCCUCCUUCAAAUCGAAGAAAUGGCUGCCAUGAACUCGGGCGUGUUGGUUUGCAACUACGGGCUAUCCGGUGCGUCCGAUUCCAACCUCAAGCUCAUCUCGGCACCGUCCUUGGCGAUCACGUCGGCUUCGUCCCCCAAGCUGCCGGUGAUCAGAGCCCAGCAGGCUCGUGCAGGUGAGCGUGAGGAAGUAGGGGGCGAGGGAAGACGAGCUGCAUUGAUCGGCCUUGCUGCUGCCCUCUUCACCACGGCGGCUGCCACCUCCUCGGCGAAUGCCGGCGUCAUUGAUGAGUACCUCGAGAGAAGCAAAGCUAACAAGGAGCUGAAUGACAAAGAGAGGUUGGCAACCAGCGGAGCAAAUUUCGCACGAGCAUACACAGUAGAAUUUGGCACAUGCAAGUUCCCUGAGAACUUCACUGGCUGUCAAGAUCUGGCUAAGCAAAAGAAAGUACCUUUCAUCACUGAUGAUCUGGAGAUCGAGUGCGAAGGCAAGGACAAGUACAAGUGUGGAUCUAACGUCUUCUGGAAAUGGACCAAGUAGAACAGCUUGUAGUUCUCAUUGCAGUGUACCCAAUUACUUUCUAUGAACAGCAUUUAUGUUCCGUCAA